ACCCAUAAACACGCCCGAAGUCGAAGACACGGUCGCAGAAGAGAGAAUAGUGUGCAGCGUCGAAGCACAGGAAGCCUCGAAAUGGUUGGAUGAAUUGCGUAAUGAUAUUGAUUAUGGACCGAUCAUCGUUGCGCUGGAGGAAGGAAACCUCGAAAAAGAAGUGAAAUUGCCAUCCUCACAGAAGAGAGUUAAAGUUGCCGAUUUCUUAGUUGAAGAAGGCCAGUUGAAGUUCCUACAGAAAGACGGAACAGCGGUCCCAGUCGUUCCGAAGGAACAUAGAAGAAAACUUUUCGACGAGAACCACAGUGGCUCUCUAGCAGGGCAUCAUUCCGCUAAGAAGAUGCUGAAAAAACUGCAGAAAUUUGUCUUCUGGGAUGGUAUGCACAGCGAUAUCUACCGCUGGGCAAAAGGCUGCACGAGCUGCUUGCUGACAAAUCCGCACAAGCGCAUGAUUCCGCCGGUGGAACCGUUUGUCACAGGCAAACCAUUCGAGAUAGUCGCAGCUGACACACUGGAGAUGAGCACCAGUCUGUCGGGGAUGAAAUAUGUGCUAGUCGUGGUCGACCAUUUCUCCAAAUGGGUAGGUGCAUAUGCAAUGCCUGACAAAAGUGCUGCUACAGUCGCGACUACUUUAUUUCAUCGUUGGAUAUGUGAAGGAGGGCGUUGGCCCAAACAAAUCCACACCGACCGAGGCACAGAAUUUCUGAAUUCCUUGCUGGAUGAGCUAGCAUCAGUGGCUGGAAUUAAGCGCUCCGUCACCAAGGGAUAUAACUCCAGAGAAAAUGGUGUCAGUGAACGUGCUAUCGGAACUAUUCAAAGGAUGCUGAAAAAGAAGGUGGAAGAGCCCGAUAAAUGGGACGUGAUGCUGCCUCAUGUGGUGUACGCAUAUAAUGUUACCCCACAUGAAGCUACAGGUGAGAGCCCCUUCUUCAUACUUCACGGAAUUGACCCUGUCAUACCUUCAUCUUCAUCUACCAUGCCAAGUGCUGAUGCUUCCAAGUACAAGGUGUUCGUGGACGAUUAUCGAACAGAUUUACUUAAUGGACUUCAGCUAAUUAGAGAGGGGGUACGAGCUAAAAAUGAGAAAUAUAGGGCUAAAGUGGAGGAAGUGUAUGACAAGCGUAAGAACGUGGACGUUCUUUCUCUUCCAGCGGUUGGAGGAAGGGUGUUCAUGAAACUACCACGAGAAAAGGCUCGAGGAAAAAAAGCAAAUUGA